UUGCCUUCUGGGAUAUGUGAUGAAUGGAUGAUGAUGCGAGGAGGGAAACAACCGUUUAAAACGCAGUAAUUUGUUAGAAAGUGGGGAAUUCUUGUUUAACGCUGUGCCCGUUGGGAAAGAUAAACAAUGUUGAUUUGAAUUUGGAGGGAACUUUUGUUUCGCGAACAUCAACAAUCAUUCAUAGGUCCUGACUCCUGACAUUGAGCCAGGAGGAUGUACGCGGUGUACCGCCAGGCGCACACCCCUACGGCUGUAGAAUUCUCCGUGUACUGUAACUUUAUAUCGAGUGAAGAGAAAAACCUGGUGGUCGCCGGUACCUCUCAGCUUUACGUUUACAGAAUUAUUCACGAUGUCGAGAAUGUCAGCAAGACGGAGAAGUCUUCGGAUGCCAAAAGCCGCAAAGAGAAGUUGGAACAGGUGGCCUGCUUCUCGCUCUUUGGCAAUGUCAUGUCCAUGGCCAGCGUCCAGCUGGUGGGCAACAACAGAGAUGCCCUUCUACUCAGCUUCAAGGACGCCAAGCUGUCGGUGGUGGAGUAUGAUCCGGGGACCCACGACCUGAAGAGCCUCUCUCUGCAUUACUUUGAGGAGCCAGAGCUCAGGGAUGGCUUUGUCCAGAAUGUUCACGUGCCCAUAGUGCGUGUAGACCCUGAGAAUCGGUGUGCAGUGAUGCUGGUCUACGGUACGAGGCUGGUGGUGCUCCCCUUCAGGAAGGACACGCUGACCGAUGAACAAGAGGGCAUCGUUGGAGAGGGGCAGAAGUCCAGUUUUCUGCCCAGCUACAUCAUCGACGUGCGCGAGCUGGACGAGAAGCUGCUGAACAUCAUCGACAUGAAGUUCCUUCACGGCUACUACGAGCCCACGCUGCUCAUUCUCUACGAGCCCAACCAGACCUGGCCUGGUCGCGUGGCGGUGCGUCAGGACACCUGCAGCAUCGUGGCCAUCUCCCUCAACAUCAUGCAGAAGGUCCACCCCGUCAUCUGGUCGCUGACGAACCUGCCCUUCGACUGCACGCAAGUCAUGCCUGUACCCAAGCCCAUUGGUGGCGUGGUGGUGUUUGCCGUGAACUCACUGCUGUAUCUGAACCAGAGUGUCCCUCCGUACGGCGUCUCCCUCAAUAGCCAAACACACGGCACAACAGCCUUCCCUCUCAAGAUGCAAGAGGAAGUUCGAAUCACGCUCGACUGUUCUCAGGCCGCUUUCAUCGCCACAGACAAGAUGGUCAUCUCGCUGAAGGGGGGAGAGAUUUAUGUCCUGACGCUCAUCACUGAUGGCAUGAGGAGUGUUCGCUCGUUCCACUUUGACAAGGCGGCCGCCAGCGUCCUCACCACCUGCAUGAUGACAAUGGAGCCUGGCUACUUGUUCCUUGGCUCCCGGCUGGGCAACUCCCUGCUGCUCAAGUACACAGAGAAGCUUCAGGAGGCUCCUACUGACGAGGCCAAAGACAAGGAGAAGGACAAGGAGAACGAGAAGGAGAACGACAAGGAGGAGCCACCCACGAAGAAGAAGCGGAUGGACUCUUCAACCAACUGGACAGCAAAGGCUCCCAUGCCAGAUGAACUGGAUGAGAUAGAGGUUUACGGCAGUGAAGCCCAAUCAGGCACUCAGCUGGCCACCUACUCUUUUGAGGUGUGUGACAGCAUUUUAAACAUCGGUCCCUGUGCCAACGCCUCCAUGGGAGAGCCCGCCUUCCUAUCUGAGGAGUUCCAAAGUAACCCAGAGCCAGACCUGGAGGUGGUGGUGUGUUCUGGUUUCGGCAAGAACGGAGCUCUGUCUGUACUGCAGCGGAGCAUCAGGCCGCAGGUGGUGACGACCUUUGAACUCCCCGGUUGCCAUGACAUGUGGACGGUCAUUUCCGCCGAGGAGAAGGAGAAGACGGAGCAGCCCUCCACAGAGGAGGCGGAUGGAGAGAAUGCAGAGGAGGAGAAACCGGAGCCGGCCAUCGAGGACGAGAAGAACAAACACGGCUUCCUGAUCCUCAGCAGAGAAGACUCCACCAUGAUCCUGCAGACUGGUCAGGAGAUUAUGGAGCUGGACACCAGCGGGUUCGCCACGCAGGGCCCCACGGUGUACGCUGGCAACAUCGGAGACAACAAGUACAUCAUCCAGGUCUCACCCAUGGGGAUCAGACUACUGGAGGGGGUAACUCAGCUGCACUUCAUCCCGCUGGACCUGGGAUCUCCCAUCGUGCACUGCUCCGUGGCGGACCCCUACGUGGUGAUUAUGACAUCAGAGGGGCUCCUCACCAUGUUCACCCUCAAGACCGACUCGUACCAGGGCAAGACACACCGCCUGUCGCUGCAGAAGCCUCAAAUACACACGCAAUCGCGCGUCAUCACGCUGUGUGCGUAUCGGGACGUCAGUGGGAUCUUCACCACCGAGAACAAGGUCUCCUUCCUCAGCAAGCAGGACCUUGGAGCCAGGAGCAGCGGAGAGACAGAACUAGUCAUGCAGGACCUCAGUAACGCGGUUGAUGAUGAGGAGGAGAUGCUGUACGGGGAGUCCAGCCCCCUGACCAGCCCCAACAAAGACGACCCCAGUGGCUCCGCCUCCACCACAAUGCACCAUGGGAAGGACGGUCCGCACAGCAAGCGGGAGCCCACACACUGGUGCAUGGUGAUCAGGGAGAACGGCGUCAUGGAGAUUUUCCAGCUUCCUGAUUGGCGGCUGGUCUUCCUUGUCAAGAACUUCCCUGUUGGCCAGAGGGUGCUGGUGGACAGCUCAGCCGGCCAGUCAGCAACGCAGGAAGGCAAAAAGGAGGAGGUGACUCGUCAAGGAGAAAUCCCAUUGGUCAAAGAGGUGUCCCUGGUGGCACUGGGCCACAACAACACCCGUCCCUACCUCCUGGUUCACGUUGAACAAGAGCUUCUUAUUUACGAGGCGUUCCCUUACGACCAGCAACUAGUCCAGGGCAAUUUGAAAGUACGCUUUAAAAAGAUGCCACAUAACAUCAACUUCCGGGAGAAGAAGACAAGGGUUCGGAGGGAUAAGAAGGCGGAGGGGGCAGGGGAAGACGGCCCUGGGUUCAAAGGUCGCGUUGCAAGAUUCCGUCACUUUAGAGAUAUCUCUGGCUACUCAGGGGUGUUCAUUUGUGGGCCGUCUCCUCAUUGGAUGCUGGUGACGUCACGUGGGGCGAUGAGACUCCACCCCAUGACUAUCGACGGGCCAAUCGAAUCCUUCUCUCCGUUCCACAACAUUAACUGCCCCAAAGGAUUCCUUUACUUCAACAAACAGGGAGAGCUGCGGAUCAGCGUGCUGCCUACGUACCUGUCAUAUGACGCUCCUUGGCCCGUCAGGAAGAUUCCUCUCCGGUGUACUGUCCACUACGUCGCCUACCACGUGGAGUCCAAGGUGUACGCCGUGUGCUCGAGUGUAAAGGAGCUGUGUACGCGGAUCCCCAGGAUGACGGGAGAGGAGAAGGAGUUCGAGAUCAUCGACAGAGAUGAUCGCUACAUAAACCCCCAACAGGAGAAAUUCUCUAUUCAGCUCAUCUCUCCUGUCAGCUGGGAGAUCAUCCCCAACACACGUAUUGACCUGGAGGAGUGGGAGCAUGUGACGUGUAUGAAGACGGUGGCGUUGAAGAGUCAGGAGACGGUGUCCGGCCUCAAGGGCUUCGUGGCGCUGGGCACCUGUCUCAUGCAGGGGGAGGAGGUCACCUGCAGAGGAAGAAUCUUGAUCCUGGAUGUGAUCGAGGUUGUUCCUGAGCCGGGUCAGCCGCUGACGAAGAACAAGUUUAAGGUUCUGUAUGAGAAGGAGCAGAAGGGACCAGUCACCGCACUCUGCCACUGCAGCGGAUACCUGGUCUCAGCCAUCGGACAGAAAAUCUUCCUGUGGAGGCUAAAGGAUAAUGAUUUAACGGGCAUGGCCUUCAUCGAUACGCAGCUCUACAUCCACCAGAUGAUCAGCAUCAAGAACUUCAUCCUGGCGGCCGACGUCAUGAAGAGCGUCUCCCUGCUGCGCUACCAGGAGGAGAGCAAGACACUAUCACUAGUCAGCAGGGAUGCAAAACCCCUGGAGGUGUACAGCGUGGAGUUCAUGGUGGAUAACAACCAAAUAGGCUUCCUUGUAACGGACAGAGACAAGAACCUGCUGGUCUACAUGUAUCUCCCAGAAGCAAAGGAGAGUUUUGGUGGCAUGCGUCUGUUGCGGCGUGCAGACUUCAACGUGGGGAGUCACGUCAACGCGCUGUGGAGGAUGCCGUGCCGCGGGACGCAGGACAUCACCAGCAAGAAGGCUCUCACCUGGGACAACAAGUUCAUCUCAUGGUUUGCUACGCUGGAUGGUGGCAUUGGCUUGUUGUUGCCGAUGCAGGAGAAGACGUACAGGCGUCUGCUGAUGUUGCAAAACGCCCUGACAACCAUGUUGCCACACCACGCAGGGUUAAACCCUAAAGCAUUCAGGAUGCUGAAUUCGGACCGGCGGACGCUUCAGAACCCUGUGCGGAACAUUCUAGAUGGCGAGCUGCUGAACAAGUACCUUUACCUGAGCAGCAUGGAGCGCAGCGAACUCGCCAAGAAGAUCGGCACCACCGCUGACAUUAUUCAGGAGGAUCUUCUGGAGGUGGACAGGGUGACGGGUCAUUUUUAAAACCACCUCGUCGUGUCUGGAGGUUCAUCUACUAUGAACUUCACACGUCCUCUGUGUUCCUGUGUUUGAACGCCAGGCUCCUCAAAAGAGUGUAGUCUGGAGAUGUUUUUUUGCUACAAAGUAAUAUUGUUUUUGAUGUAUGUCUUUUUACAAACUGAAGAUUGUAUCAUGUUUCAAAAAACAUUUUCUGAACAAAAAUGUUUAAAAACAAACAUUCCUCAA